AUUCUGUACUACUAGAAGACAGUAUAUAAAGAAUAGACAGAAGCUCAAUUUGUCUGCGAUAUCCCCUCGGUGGAAGCGGACGUUAAAUACAACUAACUCACACAUGCUCAAUUUACAGCUAACAAAAUGAUAUUAAGCAGACCCAGAGGAUUAUUUUGGCUUAUCUGUCUGAUAUAUUUGGGACUGUUGUAAGAUGUCUUUUUCAGGAUAACUUGGUGAUGUACAGACUUACACUAUAAGUGUAGUCUGCAAUAUUUCUAAAUAUAAGAUUGUAAUAAAGAAUGUGGAAGAAAGUCAUAGCAGUUAUACUUGGUCUGAUAUUAGGUUAUUGGUUUCUAGAUGAUUUUGACCCAGAUAACCUAAAGGGAAAACGUGUCUUAAUAACCGGAGCAUCAGCUGGUAUUGGUGAACAAAUAGCCUACCAUUACGCUGCCUUUGGUGCUAAAUUAAUGAUAACUUCUAGAAGAGAAAAUGUGCUACAAGAGGUUAUAUCAAACUGUAGAGAGCGGGGUGCCAAAGAUGGAGAAUAUUAUUAUGUUACAGCAGAUAUGGCCAACAUGUCAUCUACAGAACAAGUUAUAAAAGAAGCAGUUAAGAAGUUAGGAGGACUAGAUAUUUUAGUAUUAAAUCAUAUCGUAAUUAUGCCACUCGGGGAAUGGAGAGGAACUCCACAAAAUCUGACAACCCUAGAACAAGUAACUGAUAUAAAUUAUAAAGCAUAUAUAUAUCUAACAUCUCAUGCAUUAUCAGAAUUAGAGAAAAAUAAAGGCAGCAUUAUUGUGGUUAAUUCUUUGGCAGGAAAAGUAGCUAUACCAUUUGUAGCCGCCUAUUCGGCAUCAAAGUUUGCACUUGAUGGAUUUUUUAGUGCUUUACGCCAAGAAUUCAAGAUGAGAAACUGUGAUAUUUCUAUAACCUCUUGUAUUAUGGGUUUUAUAGGUACUGAGAAUGCUGUAUCCCAGUUAACACAGUUUGGUCAAGAUUACUUAUUGAGUGUGAUGAAUCAAGCUCGACCCUCUGAUGCAGCCUUAGCAAUAAUAAAAGGGGGUGCUACAAGAUCUAGAGAAAUUUUCUUUCCAUAUAUGUCUGUUCGACCAUCAUAUUUAUUGAGAGACUGGCUUCCAGAGUCUAUAGAAUACAUGAUACGAUAUAUUAAUACUCCAUCGCAUUAUAUAUAGAUGAUCUUCCUUAAAUCCAACUCAAGUCUAUUUAAUUAGUUUGCGAGUGUCCGAGAAUGUUAAUGUUAGUGAGUGACCUUGUUUUACCUUAGUAAUGUCAAUUUGUUAUAGUAUAGAAUAUUGAGAUAUGUAUAUUUGGUUUAAUUAAUUUAUGGACAUGUUAAAUAAUAAUGCAGUAUGUGGAUGAGUGUGUGUGGUUAUUAGAAUACUUCUACUGUAUUUUAACAAUGAUCUUUUAUUAGAUGUAUUAGGAAAUGUAAGGGAGGAAAAUGGCACAGUGGUUAGCAAGCGAAAUCUGUAACCUUCUUUUUGCAUUCUCAAUCAUCACUUUAGCUUUUGUUUCCAUGAAUAAAAUUUACACAUUCGGGUCUAAUCAGCUGUAUUUGGUAUAGUGCAAUGUAAAUUAAAUGUAGAUAAAGGACCUCUAAGGGGAGGUAAGAACAUCAGAGUAUGUUCUUUUGAGACCGACAGGGGUAAGCCAUUGAGCUGCUCCCAGAGCUGGAAGAAAGAAUUUAAAUUUACAUGUCAUGUUACUUGUUGAUCUGAUGUUGUUACAUUCAGAAUUGCAAUAAGAUUCAAGUGUAUCUCUCAAUCGAGAUUUACAAUCAUCCAUUUAUAAAAGUGGUUCGUUUACCUUGAGUCUCAGUACAAAUCUCUAUGAAUAUUUGAUAGCGAAGAGAAUGUGAUUGCAGCAAAAUAAUGUUUAUUGUUAAAUUAUAUAGCUACAAGUAGAUUUUUUAAAUUGUUUAUAUAGAUAUGGAUCAGAAAAAUAUAAAAAUAUUUAAUAUGUAUGAUUGUCUUAUUUAAUUAAUUAGUAUUAUAUUUUAAUAUUUAACGGCAACAUAGUAUUUAUUGCUAGAUUAAGUAAUAAUUCGAGAUUAAUAAUGUAAUAAUUUUAAUUAAUAAUAAUAAUUAGUAAUAAUACACAACAAACAAAAUUUUGAAAUAUUUUAUUAUCCUUGAUUAUUAAUAAUAACAGUAAAGUCUGUAUGGUCUAAUCCGUCUUCAUUGGCUCAGUUGGAGCAGAAUAGUAGGACGUUAAACCCCAUUUCAUUUCAUUUCAUACUGUCAGAACAUUUCGGCCAGCUCUUUUAGUUCAUGUGGUUUGUCACACACCCUCUCCCUCUACUAGCUUUUUGGGGCCAUUUGGUUUAUGUCUCACACCCUCUCCUCUCUGUCGUCCAUUCCUUAACUUGGAUUGCAACCAAAUUUGUCAGGUAUGUGGCUUGGGUUGUGCUUAUUUCAUUUUGCUUAAAUGAAGUUAAUCAAUCCAAUAGGACACCUUAUAUAUAAUAGUCAAACUUUAGACAUUUUCACAGCCUUUUUCAAAUUCAAUAAGUUCCCUAGAUUUUAUAAAUAUUUUCUAACCUGUUUGGUUCAAGUCCUGCAGACUGCAGUGACUUACCAGAAAUCAUGCCAACUGAAUUGAGCUGGGGAUAUUUAAAGCUGCAACUACACAUUGUGUAAUUUAUACCUUUAUCAUAGUAUUGACAAAUUAUUUAUAGAUUUAAAAGUGAUAUUUUAAUUACCUCAUAGUUUAUUUAAUUUAAUCAAAAUAGUAUGUUUCUUUCUAUAGUCUAUGUAUAUGAAUUAGGAUGUUGGUGCAAAUAAAUUAUGAUUAUAUUAUGUUUGGGUGAAUCAGGGAAUAUGACUCUGGGUCAAUAGUAAAUCAUUCAUGUUUAUGAUUUUUCUUGUUAAUAUAUGUUGUUAUGCUCAGAUAUGACCAAUACUAUUAAUUAAUUGUUCCAUCCUACUAAUAUGAUCAAAUCCAUUAUAUAGAUUUCUAUUUUUUGUACAAAUGUUUUUUGUCUCCUAAAGCCUUAUAGUCGCAAUCAUCAUGAUUUAUAUUACCUUGAAAAAUAUGAUUACCAUAUAGGUGUAUCAAAUGAGUGUCUAUUGUUUGAUAUGAGCAUUGGUGGAACUAGUAAUCUAUAACAUACUUACUGUAGGUAGAAUUCCUAGUAACUGCCUAAUCUGUGGAGACAUGAAACAUUUUCAAAGAAACCUAAUUUAUUUGACAUUUAACAGAAUUGCAGGGUUAACUUUGCAUUGGCAGCACAAUACAGACUUUAUAGAUGUCUUGUUAUAUUAGAAAAUGGCACCUUGUCAGCUUUACUCUAUGUAAUAGUGUUCUUAAGAGUUUAGUUGAAUAUUUUUUUUAUUUCAUACUAAUAUGGAUAAUUCUUAUUUAGUGAAAUUUAUAUGAUAUAUUUGUUAAUAAAGAGACAAUAUAAACUUAAGUUGAGAGUUUUAUUUAUUGAUUUUAAAUCAGGGUUCAAAGAAUAAUGCAAUUAAGUUAUGUACCUUAUAUUGUAUUAUGUUCACAUUUGAAAAUAUUAAUGAUAUAUAAAUAACAUCCCAAAAAUAAAUGCAUAUUUAAAAAUGUAAAUUUGAAUAAGAUAUUUCUAGCCUCUGAUCUGAUAAUAGGUAUUGGGAAAUCUUGCAAACUACAAUAUUAUGAUCAUUGAAUCUCUAAAAGAAAUAUCAGCCCCAAAAUUCCGUUCAGUAAUUUACAAAGAUGAUGAAUUGAAAAUCUGUCAACAUCCUUUGCAUACAAUAUAAAGGGGAUAUGGCAAAACAAGUUGGCGCCACCUCUAAUCUUCGCUAAAAUCUUUUGAGGGGCCUCUGAUCGAAUCCAAAGCCGGUAGAUUAUCAACCUUUGAAAUUUUGAUUUUGUUUUCUUAAAUAAAGGUUAAAACAAUCAAUUUGAGUUAUUUUAGCAUGGAUCAAGCCGAGAAUAAUUUAAGAUUUUUCCAAAAAUUCUAAUGACGCACAGAGACUUGAAGCAAUUUGUUGGAAUCUUUAACUGUAUAUUGCACAAAAUCCAGUAUAUUUCAUUUAUCAUAAUUGCUGUUCCGGAAAUCAGUAGUCAAUUAGUUUAUUGAAACAAUUUUCUAUUUGCAUCUAAAAUCUAUUAAAUAACAAUACUAGUUAUUUCUUAGUGUUAGAGUUCUUUUUGUUUUUGUUAUUUUAAAAAUAAAUAAAACUAAUCUGCAUGUUCUCUAUAUUAACUUUUCAUAUCUACCUCUAAUGGUUGAUCUUGUUCUUUCAUUAAACAAAGUUUUAUUAAAA